AAUGCGAUGCAACAAUGAUCCUCCCUCCCAACGAUUCCACCAGAGAGUAUUUUCUGAAGUACGCCGCAGACCACGUCUGCUUACGCGUUGCGAGUCGCGCGAGUAUUAUAGCAGCUCCCGAGAAAGUAAGUCAGUCGCGCCUUGACCACAGCCUCUAUCCGAAUGGAUGAAUACAACAUACGAGCCCAACUCAGUCGAACUGGCCUUCGGCUAUGUGCCUUUCCCUUUGCCAUAAAAGAGGCUCUGUUGAGACAUCCUGGUAUAGUACUAGCAUCUAAGGCCAGCCGAGCUCGCUUCUGCACUGCCAUUGACGCCACUCCGGCUUCUUCCAACCCAAUUUCUCCAUUUCGUAUGUUGUUUCACCAUCAUGCCCGGCCCUGCAACCGGCCACGCCGCGGCGGCCCAGCACCAGCAGCGGCCUCCCGCUCCCAGACCCGACUCCCACGUUACCUUCGACGACGGUGACGACGCUGACGACACAUCCGUGGACGACACCGCCUUUUCCGACGACGAGUUUGACGACGACGCGUUUUCCACGGCGUCGUCGUCCGAGGACCUGGCGAUCGACAUCGAGGCGCUUGGGAAAUCCGUGCCUCCUGUCGGCGCCGGGGCGACGCCCGCCGUCCCCAUUUCCGUGCUGACUUUCCGCAACAUCGCGUAUUCCGUGCUCGUCAAGCAGCGCAAGGGGGAUCCUCCCGCUGGAGGCCAGUUCCCGCGGAUGGACAGCACACUCGCGAGUAUCCCCGGACUGCCGCAGCGGAGCUUUCAUGCGCCUGCUGCCGAGGCGCAAGCCACUGCGUCGGGCGGCGGAACCAGCGCCGCACCAGGCGGCGGAGGGAUCGGCGGGAUGCGCCAGAAACGCGUUCGGCGGCGGAUCCUAACGGGCGUGACCGGCGAGGCGCGGUCGGGGGAGGUGACCGCGAUCAUGGGCGCAAGCGGCGGCGGAAAGACGACGCUGCUGAACAUCCUGGCGCAGCGGAUCUCGUCGGGGCGGCGGAAGGGGACGGUGGAGCUGGACGCGGGGGAAGGCGCGGUCGCAGUGAGCGGGGGGAUGAUGCGGCGCGUUUCCGCGUACGUGAUGCAGGACGAUAUUCUCUAUACGUCGCUCACGGUGCGCGAAACGCUCAUGUACGCCGCGGAGCUUCGCCUGGGACCACAGCUUUCGCGGAGGGCGAAGGAGGAUAAGGUCGCGCGGCUGAUCGAUCUGCUUGGGCUCGCGAAAGUGGCGGAGACGCUGAUUGGCGGCGAAAGGAAGAGAGGCGUUUCUGGCGGCGAGCGAAAGCGAGUGGCGAUAGGGGUGGAGAUGGUGAGCGACCCCAAGAUCCUGUAUCUCGACGAGCCUACCUCGGGGCUGGAUUCCACAAACGCGUUUCGUGUUGUACGCGCUAUUAAGUCCGUCGCGGUUCAGACUGCGAGCAUCUCCGUGAUGGUGGUUCACCAGCCAUCAUAUCGAGUCCUUGGCCUCAUCGACAAGCUUCUUUUGCUGGGUGUGGGCCAGACGGCUUAUCUGGGCCCACCUGCCGGCCUUCCGGAUUUCCUCUCGUCUCUCGGCAGCCCGGUGCCAGAGGGAUCCAACAGCACAGAGCAUGGCUUGGACGUCAUGGCAGUGCUACAGGCCCAGGGUGUCACGGACAUCCAAGCCUAUGCCCAAGCCUGCAAAGCCGGUGCAGGCAACCAUGUACUGGCGGCUCGGAAGGCGCUGGAGGUUAAGAGCGAUGCAGUUACCCCAAAGUCUUCCAUGGGGAAGCUGGUUUGGAGGCAACCCAGCAAAGGGCAGCCGGACGACGAGCCGCAGAAGACAGUGAGGAAGGAGAAAGACCGCCCAGAGUUUGCUAACGGAUGGUUCUGGGAGCUGUGGUUGCUGACGAAGAGAGCUACAGUGAACGUCAUGCGCACACCUGCACAGUACCUUCUGAGGCUGGUGCUCAUCCUUGUAACGGGGCUGCUUCUAGCGAUCCUCUUCUGGAGACCAAAGGAAACGCCCGAGGGAGUCUUGAUUCGGAUGUCCUUCCUCUCUUGCGCCGCCUGCAUUGUCUUCUACAGCUCCUGUGAUGCCGUGCCGAUUUUCAUCGAGGUGUGCUACACACUAUGCUCUUUGAGGAAUGUGCAAUAUUCAAACGCGAAUCAGCAAAUAAUGCGUACAGGCCUUCAACGUAUCUCGUGGCAUUAAUCCUAGUGUACCUACCGUUACAGUUCGGCAUUACUUCUCACGACCGUUUACUUCUCACGGCCGUUUACUUCUCGUGGCGUUACUUCUCACGGCCGUUUCCUGGUGGAGCAUCAGCCUGGCGGGCGGCACGGAGGGGUUUCUGUUCAUGGUGGUGGCGUGUUUUGUCAUGUUCUUUGUCGCCAAGGGCAUGGCGACAUGCAUCAGCGUCUGUGUCAAGGAUAUUGUCCUCGGAUAUGCGCUUGCCAUCUCCAUUAUGUCCUACUGCUUCCUCGUUAGCGGCUUCUAUGUCACAAGGACACAAAUACCCAGUGUGCUCAUUUGGUUACACUACUUAUCGCCCUUCAAAUACGCUUAUGAAGCUCUCGCGAUCAACCAAUUCGCAAGGCUCGAGCCGUGCUACCUGAACGUCAAGGACAUCACGGCGUACCUUCCCAGCACCAUCCCCAGCUUGCCGGAUUCAGGGAGAUUGCCACGAAUCGUAACCGCCCAUUCCUUCAACACCACUCAGGUCCUGGAGCACCUAUACGACCAGCUCCUCUCCAAACUCAUUGCUACCCCUCUUCCCGAGUCAUUCCUAAACGGAAUUUCCCCAGAAUUGAGAGAGCAGGUGGAGGAGGGUGGGCUGGGUUCGGGGGGGUGUAUGCUGAAUGGGAUCCAGCUGCUGAUGUGGCGGUCGGUUGACCAGCUGGGGAAGUGGGAGUGCUUGGCUGUGCUGCUGGUGUUUGGGCUUGCUGUGUAUCUGCUCACGUAUGUGAUGCUGGUGAGGCUUCAGAGGUCCAAGCACAAGUGAGGGGGAUCAGAAGGCAUCGGGGUGAAAGAAUUAAGUGUGCUGCUGGCCAGGCUUCAGAGGUCCAAUCACAAGUGUGGAGGAUCAGGAGGCAAGGGGUUUGAACGAAUAAGGUAGAGAUCAGCAGAAAUAAUAGAGGGGUGUUCAUGCUCGCUGCUGGUGAGGUGUAAAAGAGUGCAGAAAAGGUGGCGGGAUUGAGGGGAUGGGGUGAGGGGAUGGGGUGAGGGGAUGGGGUGCUUUGAAAAAAUUGGGAUAAAAUUGAGAUACGUACGAUAGCUUCUCGCUUUUGGGCUGCUUUGAUGGGCUUGCAAGCGUUUUGGCUUGUUGCAUUUUGGCCAGGAUGUGCUGUUGUAAUGCGCAAUAUUCAAUAAAAGUAUUGGCAGGAA